ACCCCGCUGUGCCCCCGCAGGUGCCAUGGCGUCGUUCCGGAUCCGUGCGUUCCGGGAGCAGGACUCGGACGUGGUUCGGGCGCUGUUUGCCCGCGGGAUCCUGGAACACGCCCCGGCUGGGUUCCGGUACAUGCUGCGCUUGGCGCGGGUGCGGCUGGUGCUGCUCGUGGUGUUCGUGGGCGCUCGGGCGGGCGGCGGGUCCUGGGUGCUGGGCCUGGGUGCCGUGGGGCUGGCACUGGUGCUGCUCUGGCUGCUCGUGCGCUCCCUCAGCGCCGAGUACGUGCGCGACGCGCUGGGCACCGACCUGUGCGACAUCCCCGGCACGUACCUGCGGGCGCCCGACUGCGGCUUCUGGGUGGCCGAGGUGGGGGGCUCCGUGGUGGGCAUGGUGGCUGCGGUGCCCUCGCGGGACGCGCCCGGGGCGCUGGAGCUGCGGCGGAUGUCGGUGAGCCGGGAGCAGCGCGGGCGCGGGCUGGCGCGGGCGCUGUGCCGGGAGGUGAUGGCCUUCGCCCGCGCCCGCGGCUUCGGCGCCGUGGUGCUCAGCACCUCCAUGGUGCAGGUGGCGGCGCAGCGGCUCUACGAGGGGCAGGGAUUCCGCAGGGUGGGCACCUCCAGCCCCUCCCUGCUGGGCACCAUCCUGCACUUCCAGAUCUUCCACUACCGCUGCGACCUGGGCGCCCGCGACGGCGCCAAGGCCGAGUAGCGCCAGUGGGAUGCCGCGGGCAUGGGGGGCACUGCCGUGGCACAGGGGUCCUGAGACACGUGGCACUGCCGUGGCACCCCAACCCCAGCCCUGGCACAGCAGCACCGACAUGGCACCACGACCCCGGCACGUGUGGCGCUGCCAUGGCACCCAAACUCCAGCCCCAGCACACGAGGCACAGCUGUGGCACCCGAGCCCAGGACGUGGGGUUCCACCACAGCACUACCAGAGCAUCUCAAACUUGGCACAAGGCACUUCCACGGCACCCAAAAUUUGGCACAUGAGGCACUUCCACGGCACCCCAACUCCGGGACAUGAAGCUCCACCAUGGCACCACCACAGCACCACCACAGCACCCCAAACUCAGGACAGAAGGCACUGCCAUGGCACCCCAACUCCAGCCCCAGCACAGCAACACCAACUUGUGCCCCCAGGACGUGAGGCACUGCCAUGGCACCCCGACCCUGGCCCCUGUGGCUCUGCCAGGGCACCCAAACCCAGCCCCAGCAUGUGAAGUGCUGCCACGGCACCCCAGCUCCAGGAUGUGAGGCACCACCACGGCACUCCAGGCUCGGCACAGAAAGCACUACCACAGCACCCCAAUCCUGGCACACGUGGCACUGCUGUGGCACCCGAACUGCAGCCUCAGCACUGACUGUGCCGUCACUGUGACCCCGGGACAUGAGGCACUGCCACGACACCCCAGCCUGGGGCACACAGCACUGCCGUGGCACCUGACCCCGGCACAGGAGGCACCACCGGGCACCCAAACCCCAGCCCUGGCACAAGAGAUGCUGCCACAGCACCCCAGCCCUGGCACCCUUGGCACGGCUCUGGCACCCCUGAUCCCAACCUUGGC